CGGCUGGGUCCGGCGUACCAGUGCUGCGCGCUACCGCUUUGCCGUCAGUUAACCGCUGCGUGGAUGUCUCACAGUGUGUCUCGCAGUGUGUCUGCCCAUCCUGUGCGGCAAAACAAAGAAAAAGCUUUUGUGUGCUGUUUUUGACCUCAGCCCGGAACGGGUUGUGUAACGGGCAGGUUAGCUUCCCUCUGUCCGGGUUUGCGGCUUUGUGAGCGGCUUGUGAAGGACUGACAGGCGGGUUUUCUUGUGAGGCAUGUGAUAGGGAGAAGGGGCUGUGAGGCGUGUUCGUGUUUCACGGAUGUAACCGGGAACAGGAGAAGGGGGAAGAAGGGGGAUCUUUUCUCAUUUUAUUGUCGGCUGUGGAUGUGACCGUUCAGCGGGACGUGACGGAGGAGCGCUGCUGCCGGAUUUUAGCUGCUGAAUGGCAAAGAAGAUGAUGAUCAAUGACUGCGGAGCUCAGUAGUUUAGUUCGGAUGUAGUUGUAUCUGAAUGACUUGACUCUGUUUAAAACGUGCACACAGUGGAGGCGUUUUGAUUGUUCGUGGAGCGGGGGGGCUAUCGCUGUGUGUUAACCCGCACUGGGUGGAUCAGUUCAGGCGCGGCCACAGGCGAACCAGCAAUGCGGAUUACCUCCUGACUGUUUGCCUUUGUGUCACUACACAUUUGUAUGAAGUUGAGAUAAGACUCGCAGGCCUUUACGACUAUCAUUUCGGUUUCACUGUCUUAGAAAGGAGACAUCACUCUGACCUCUGGGAAAAAUCCCCACAUGUGCACAAGUGGUCUGUGAAUCUGCACGGACUGAAGGCAGCGACAGGGACGGCCAUGGCGAAUGACUCCAUUCAAAGCGACCCGGGUGGAAUGUCGGUUCUCGAGCAGCUUGGUUUGGACCAGAACUCUGACUUUUCGGACUCCAGUGUUCAGCAACUUCUGGAUGAGCAGCGCGAAAGAAUCCGCAGGGAAAUUCGCAAGGAGCUGAAAAUCAAGGAGGGAGCUGAGAACCUGCGCAGGGCAACAACUGACAAGAGGAAUGCACAGCAGGUGGACAGUCAGCUGCGGUCUUCAAACCGCAGGUUGGACAACCUGCAUGCUCAGCUGCAGGAACUGGAUGCUCAUAUUGUGGUGAAGGGAGGAGAAGAGAAUCGAGAUGAGUGUCCUCAGUCUCCGGGGGCUGAGAGUCGUACGUCAGCCCACAAGGAACGCAUUGCAGCCCUGGAGAGACAGCUCAACAUCGAGCUCAAAGUCAAACAGGGGGUUGAAAAUAUGAUCCCUAUUUACUCGAAUGGAUCAACCAAGGAUAAGAAGAUGCUGCAGACGGCACAGCAGAUGCUGCAGGACAGUAAGACCAAAAUCGACAUCAUCCGCAUGCAAAUCCGAAAGGCUGUUCAGGCCACCGAGCACAAUGAUGACACACAGGGUAACCAAGACGUGUGUGGGAUGGAGCUGCGUAUUGAAGAGCUGAGACAUCACUACAGGGUGGAGCAUGCUGUAGCUGAGGGGGCCAAAAAUGUCCUCAGACUCCUGGGGGCCAACAAGGUUCAGGACAAGAAAGCUCUGUCUGAGGCACAGUCUCGUCUGAGCGAGGCGUCACAGCGGUUGGACCUGCUGAGGGAUUCUCUGGACCAGCGCCUGGCAGAGCUGCCAGAGGACCAUCCUAAGGCCAGCAUCAUCAAAGAGGAGCUGGUCUUGGCCUCCUCACCUGCCUUCAGCUCCCGCCACAGUGCCCCCUACCUUCAAAACCAGUAUACCACCCUCAGCAAGCCAUCGCCUCUCACUGGUACAUUACAGGUGCAGCUGCUGGGCUGUGUUGGGCUAUUGGAGGUGGUCCCAGGUCGUAGUAAAGGGACACCUGUCAUGCUGCCCUGCUACAGCCCCGGAGACACGAGGUCCUUCAUGAGGGGCAGCAAGGGACUCUAUGGACGCAGUGGCUCUGUCAGCGGGAAGACGCCGAGCAAGACGGAGGAAGUCUCCUCUGAGGUGAGUGCGGUGUUGAAGCUGGAUAACACAGUGGUGGGCCAGACUGCUUGGAAGACUGUGGGAGAGCAGGCCUGGGACCAGACAUUCACUGUGGAGCUGGAAAGGUCGAGGGAGAUGGAGAUUGCAGUUUACUGGAAGGACUACCGCUCGCUGUGCGCUCUGAAGUACCUGAAGCUGGAGGAGUUCCUGGAUAACCAGAAACACAGAGUUCAGCUGGAGCUGGAGCCUCAGGGCCUGCUGCUGGCUGAGGUGACCUUCUUUAACCCGGUUAUUGAGAGAGUCCCUCGCCUCCGGAGGCAGAAGAAAGUCUUUUCUAAGCAGCAAGGCAAGGCGUUCCUCCGGGCUCGUCAGAUGAACGUGGAUAUUGGAACGUGGGUGAGGCUGCUUCGAAAUGCCAUCCCCACUGUCAACAACUCAGGAACCUACAGUCCCAACGCACACAGCCUAACACUCAACUCUGGGGAGAUCUCAGUGGAAAAGUUGAGUCUAGACAGCGACUCUCCAAUAAGAGGCGAUUACAAGAGAGACAUGGACAUUCACACUCCAGUGAGACAGACGGAGAGAGAGGAGACCCGAGAAAUAGGGGAGGACCGACUUCCAGUCAUCGAGCCCCUCUCCCCCCGAGACCUCACCCCUGAGUCCCCUGUCCGAACCCAUUCUGUUAACAGUAGAAAGAAAGGUCCGCUGUCCCUCCAGGACUUCAGGCUGAUUGCUGUUUUGGGCCGGGGACAUUUUGGGAAGGUGUUAUUGUCAGAGUACAAGAAGACAGGCACGAUGUACGCCAUCAAAGCCCUGAAAAAAGGAGAUAUCAUUGCUCGGGAUGAGGUGGAUAGUCUAAUGUGCGAGAAGCGGAUCUUCGAGAUCGUCAACAUGUCGCACCAUCCCUUCCUGAUCAACCUGUUUGCGUGCUUCCAGACACCGGAGCACGUGUGUUUUGUUAUGGAGUACACAGCUGGAGGCGACCUGAUGAUGCACAUCCACACAGACGUCUUCACAGAGCCACGGGCCGUGUUUUAUGCAGCCUGUGUGGUUCUUGGACUUCAGUUCCUCCAUGACCAUAAGAUUGUGUACAGAGAUCUCAAGCUCGACAACCUGCUGCUUGACACAGAUGGUUAUGUGAAGAUCGCUGACUUUGGACUCUGCAAAGAAGGAAUGGGUUAUGGGGACCGGACCAGCACCUUCUGUGGGACUCCAGAGUUUUUAGCCCCUGAGGUCCUGACAGAUACGUCCUACACCAGAGCUGUAGACUGGUGGGGACUGGGGGUCCUCAUCUAUGAAAUGCUGGUGGGAGAGUCUCCUUUCCCAGGGGAUGAUGAAGAGGAGGUGUUUGACAGCAUUGUGAAUGAUGAAGUCCGCUACCCACGCUUCCUCUCCACUGAGGCUAUUGGCGUCAUGAGAAGGCUGUUAAGGAGGAACCCAGAGAGAAGAUUGGGAUCUGGUGAGAAGGAUGCAGAGGAGGUGAAGAAGCAGCCAUUUUUCAGAAACAUGGACUGGGAGGCGCUGCUGCAGAGGAAGGUGCCCCCUCCCUUCAUCCCUUCUAUUGGCGGCAAAGAAGACGUUAGUAACUUUGACGAGGAGUUUACCACCGAACUUCCGACGCUCACGCCUCCACGUGAGCCCCGCGUGCUCACCCGCAAAGACCAGGACAGUUUCCGGGACUUUGAUUACGUCUCUGACCUCUGCUAGUGGGCCCGAAGCCCACAAAUCUCGAGGAAUGUUGGAUUCCGAAGGCAUCGCGACAGUUUUAGCCAGAGCAGAGAGAGACCGCUCUGACUGUCCGCGCUCAUCUGUCGCUUCUUGUUACACUGUGAAUGAAUGCAUAGAGACUGACGACAAGGAGUUUUGUGUGUCUGCAGCGUUAUAAAGAUCAUGGACUGAGCAAAUGAAAGCCUGAACACAUAUUAGUUAUGUUCUGUCACAAGCAAAUGAUAAACAAAGGGCCCCUUUCCAGUCAUUGUGCAAAAACAGCAGUAAGUUAUGUAUGCUGCAGACUUUUAAAAUGCCUCUUCCCAUCUUCUUAUGUUUUGUGCAGUCACCAGUGUCGCUGUGAGAGGAGGGGCUUGCUGUAUUUUUGUACUAUUGACUGUUGAGGGGUUGCUCAGUGGCCUCUCAUACCAAUGCCUUACAUUUGUACUUGUACUUGUUCCACAGAAAAAAGCAUUUUGUUUUAUUUUGUGGCUCUUUGUAUGCAGCAGCAGCAGGACGAGGAGGGAUACAGUGUGCUGCAGAGGCUGCUCGAUGGUUUUGAAAAAAGAACAAAAAAAAGAGGAAAUUUGUCCUCAGAGCUGAUAACAUCAGUCUUUUAGACUGAUUUUAGACAUAUUAGUUAACUAAAGGGUAAAGAACCACUGUCCUACUUCACUGCAGUGGACCUUUCUUUGGAUGUCCACCAACUACUUUUUAAACUUGCGCUGCUUGGAUUUUACAAGAGCAGUUGACUCAUCCUUUUUAGCUGGAUGUUUGGGUUUUAGAAAGAAUUUGAUAUAAAUGUGUAGCACACACACACACACACACACACACAAACAUAUACACACAACCAUCAGCAUAAAAGCUACGUGGAAAACAUUUUUAUUAUUCCAAAAGAAAAAUCUUAACACUAAACUGUGAUGUACAAGUAACAGACUGUUCUUUGUGUGUUAGAGACACAUUCAUCCAGCUGUCUGCGUGCUACCAGAGUUUUGUGAACAUGAAGAAAGUCAUUUCCCUCCAAGGCGAUUAAAUCUUUAAACUCACUGGCUGUAAAAGUUGUUUUAGUGUCUGUUUUCAGAGCUUAAGCCACCAACUGGUUAGGCUCCACCUGCCGCGGUCACUGUGGUUUCUGAGACUGACUGAUGUCUUAAGUACUUGUGGAAAAUCUGCGAGGUGCCAUAAGCAAAACAAACAUGAACUGCUUUUCCACAGUGGAACCAAUGAGAGAGGUGAGAGCUACAGUUUGAGGUGAGAGCUGGCUUAGACCUCUGGUAAUAUGUUUGAUGAUAAAUGUAGGAAGUGUAUGAGCCAGUAGUGAAAACGUAUGUAACACAUGACAGCAGAGGUUUGUUGUUAAGAUGUAUGUACGGUGGUGUGGAUUUUACUUAUCUUGUGUACGACAGUACAAAACCAUGUGAGUAUGAGAUGGCAUAUUUUAUAAAGAAAAC